AUGGCGGAAGGAAUCAAGUGGCACAACGCGGCUAUUCAGGACGAGCUCGUCCCAAAGAAGAGCCCAUUGGAGUUCAAGCUCCCAGACAGUGCGAAGGAGCUUGUGUUCAUGGCGAAGCUCACAGAAGAGGCGGAGCGCUAUGACGAGAUGGUGCUGUGCAUGCGCAAGCUGGUGAAGUUGAACAGCGAGCUCGACACGGAGGAGCGCAAUCUCCUUUCCAUGGCCUACAAGAACGUCAUUGGCUCCCGCCGCAACGCCUGGCGUAUCAUCACCUCCAUUGAGAGCCGUGAAAGUGCGAGGGAAAAGAGCGAGAACCUACAACUCAUUGCCUCACUGCGGAAGGAGUUUGAGGCGGAGCUCGCGGCGAUCUGCGACGACCUGCUUGCACUGCUGGACACGUACCUCAUCCCCGCCUCGCAGGGCGGCGAGGUGAAGGUGUUCUACCUCAAGAUGAAGGGCGACUACCACCGCUACUACGCCGAGAUUGCGCCGGAGGCAGGACAGCGACAGGCCGCCCUUGACGCAUACGCAAAGGCGACGGAGGUGGCGAAUUCAUCACUCGCGUCGACGCACCCGAUACGUCUUGGCCUUGCGCUGAACUUCUCUGUCUUUUACUACGAGAUCAUGAAGGAGCAUGAGAAGGGCUUUCAGCUUGCGCGCCAGGCGUACGAUGAGGCCGUCACGGAGCUCGAGACCCUUGAUGACGAGGCGUACCGCGAGUCGAACCUCAUUGUGCGCCUGCUGCGCGACAAUUUGAACCUCUGGACGGAUGAACAGCCAUCCAGUUGA